AUGGAGAAAAAUUGCCAAGCAGGUUUCAGUCGACCUGGUAUCCCGAACGUGCAUGCCAUUCUGAGCGCUGAUAAAGCCAAUCACUCGCGACUGCGGCGGAUCCUGGCGCCAGCGCUCUCAGAAAAAUCCAUCAAGGAGCAUGAUAGCACUGUCGUAAAGUAUGUGGAUCUUCUGGUUCAAAAAUUGCAAGGACGCUAUGGUCCAGCUCCAAUUGAUCUCAAUAAAUAUUUUGAGUGGACCACGAUGGACCUCAUUGGCGAUCUCAUAUGCGGUCAGCCAGAAGGAGCUCUGGAUAAGGAGAACGGUGGUCGAUGGCUGGAUAUUCUAACAAACUCCAUCCAAUCUCAGGUCUGGAUCCAGGCGCUGGAGACAUACAACCUAGUCAAAUGGCGAACAUACCUCCUCCCCAAAGCCCGUGUCAUGGCCGCAUUCGAGAACUUCAAGAUCAUCGACGCCAAGAUCGAGAAGCGUCUGGCUACCAAGACGGAUCGCCGUGAUAUCCUGAGUUACAUGCUUAGCGAAAAGGACCGCAUGUCGCCCGUGGAGAUGCGUCUCAACUCUGCCACCAUCAUUGGUGCUGGAACGGGCACGACUGCGACCUGGCUGUCAACCACUUUCCACUCCCUGACAACCAACUCAGAGGCCUAUCAAAAAUUGGCGGAUGAGGUGCGCCGGGAAUUUGCGUCCGAUGCUGAGAUCACAUCCGAUCGCGUCGCCAGAAUGCCAUACCUAGGGGCGGUUAUGCAAGAAUCGCUUCGUAUUCACUGCCCAUCACCCUCGUCGACGGGUCGCUUUGUGCCAGCCGGUGGCGAAAAGAUCGAUGGGCGAUUUGUGCCAGAGGGUACGACUGUGGGAGUGCAUCAACAUGCGGCUUAUCACUCAAGAUCGAACUUCCAUCGCCCCGAUGAUUUCUGCCCGGAGAGAUGGCUACCGGAGGCCCGGGAGAGCAACUCUCCUUUUGCUGGGGACCGACUAGGUGUAGUAAAUCCGUUCAGUUACGGGCCCAGGACAUGUUUGGGUGUCAAGUUGACUACCGCCGAGACCCGCAUUAUACUAGCCAAGAUUUUCUGGCAUUUUGACAUUGAGCUCUUGCCUGAGUCGCGGGACUGGCAGAGUUCUCAGAAGGGGACAGUGGCUUGGCAUCGGACGCCUCUCAUGUGUCGAAUUAAGCGGCGAUAA